CAAUGCACACACAUUACACACACACGUAUAUACAUACACGCUUGAUUAAUCAACAUUCAAGAACAGAACCCGAUUUUCCCGCGUAUCCCACACUUAAUCUUUGUUUUGACUCCCCCUUUUCCAAAUUCGGCGAGAGUGAGGAGAGAGAAAAUCCCAAAGAUCCAAACCCACAAAAUUUCGAUCAGUUUUGUUUCAAUCUUCUCCUCCCGUCAAAAUCUUGAUUUUCACAUCUUUUUUAUUGUUAAUUGUAUCAAUCCCUACACUAUUUGGUUCUUGUUUGGCUCUAAAAUCUUGAAUUUGAGGGAUUCUUGUAGGUAAAAUCACAAACAAAAGCGUACGUAUGGUUUGUUGAAAACAUAGUAUUUUUUUGUGGAUUUGCAUACCUUCUGUUUGAAGGAUGUCUUGCUGUGGAGGUUCGGAAGAGGACACCUAUGAUGGUGCAACCUCCAACAAUGUCGCCACAGCAGCACCUCGAGGACCGCCUUACGGAGGAAGUGAUAGAGGAGAGCCGAGGAAUACGGGACCUCCAAGAAGUGGCGCGUCUCAAAAACCGUUACCCAUUGAGAAACCAGCAUUAUCGUUAACCGAGUUAAACAAGAUUACAAGUAACUUUGGUACAAAAUCUUUGGUCGGCGAAGGUUCUUAUGGCCGGGUUUUUUAUGCAAAAUUAAGUACCGGAGAAGAAGUAGCAGUGAAAAAGCUCGAUACCAGCUCUUCACCCGAGCCCGAUAAUGAUUUUGUAGCCCAGUUAUCUGUCGUUUCAAGGCUUAAAAACGAGCAUUUUGUUGAGUUACUUGGUUACUGCUUGGAAGCAAACAAUCGGAUCUUGGUUUAUCAGUACGCAACCAUGGGUUCUUUGCAUGACGUAUUACACGGGAGAAAGGGCGUACAAGGGGCAGAACCGGGCCCGGCGCUGAGCUGGACUCAGAGAGUUAGAAUCGCAUACGGUGCAGCAAGAGGGCUCGAAUAUCUACAUGAGAAGGUCCAACCUUCGAUUGUACAUCGUGAUGUUCGGUCCAGUAAUGUUUUAUUAUUUGACGAUUGUGAAACCAAGAUAGCGGAUUUUAACUUGAGCAGUCAGUCUUCUGAUAGUGCAGCCCGGUUGCAUUCGACUAGGGUUUUGGGAACUUUUGGUUACCAUGCUCCAGAGUAUGCAAUGACAGGGCAGAUAACUUCAAAAAGUGACGUUUAUAGUUUUGGAGUUGUUCUUCUUGAACUUUUGACCGGAAGAAAACCGGUUGACCACACAAUGCCUAAAGGUCAACAAAGUCUUGUUACUUGGGCAACACCAAAAUUAAGUGAGGACAAAGUAAAGCAAUGCAUCGAUCCGAAGUUAAACAGUGACUACCCUCCAAAAGCGGUUGCAAAGAUGGCAGCAGUUGCAGCAUUAUGUGUUCAAUAUGAAGCGGAUUUCAGGCCAAAUAUGACGAUUGUGGUGAAGGCUUUGCAGCCGCUUUACAAUGCAAAACCAGCAGGCUCGGAGACUCAAGCUUCUCAUUAAAUUUCUAGAAACAUUAUUCGAUUUUUUAUCUAGAAAAGCUAGUUUGAAAUAUGCUAGAAACUAAUUAUGAAAUUGUAUUAUGUAUCAUGAUCCAGAAGUAGCAUAUAUAUAGAGCCCUUUUGUAAUUUGUUCA